CUUCGUCUUCAAUGGUUGAUGGCCGAUGAUUCCAUGAUAUUUCUUCGACUCCACGUUGACACACGUCAACAUGGCUUCUAAAGAAAGUAACCUUCCCGCAUUAUAUACGGAAUUAAACAAAUUAGGACAGAAUGGGGAAUACGAGAGAGCUUUGAAAACCGCAAAUAGAAUCUUAGGCAUUUCCCAAGAUGAAGAAGCAGCGUUACACUGCAAGAUCAUCUGCUACAUACAACUGUCCAAAUUCAAUGAGGCGUUACAGAUUAUUAUUAAAACUCCCAAAUUGGCAACAAGUUUGGAAUUCGAAAAAGGAUAUUGUCUUUAUCGUUUAAAUCAAGUUUCUCAGGCACUGAAAGUGAUAGAAAGUGUACAGAAUCCUUCUUUGAAGAUUAAAGAACUAAAGGCUCAAAUAUUAUAUCGUUUAGAAAGAUAUGAAGAAUGUUUUGCAGUAUACAGAGACAUUAUCAAGAAUUCACAUGAUGAAUAUGAAGAGGAAAGAGAAACUAAUCUUGCCGCUGUGCUUGGAAAUCUAGCGAUUGAGGAUUCUGAUUUAGAAGUUCCUUCAUUACGUGAGCACACUUACGAAUUAACGUAUAAUGCAGCAUGCCGCUUGAUUGCCCAAGGAAGCAGAGAGGAUAGAGCAGCUUUAAUAGAAGCUGAAAAGAAAUUGAGAGUUGCUGAGAAAAUGUGCAAAGAGGGUCUGGAGGAAGAUGGAGCAUCUGAAGAGGAAAUCGAAAAUGAAUUGGGUGUAAUUCGAGUACAGCUUGGCUAUUGCUUGCAAUUACAGGGACGAGAAAAAGAAGCUCAAGCAUUAUAUACGGCUGCUUUGAAAGCCAAGCCGGACGAUAUCGCAUUGGUCGCCGUAGCCAGCAAUAAUUUAGUAUGCUUGAAUAAGGAUCAAAACGUCUUUGACAGUAAGAAGAGAAUGAAAAGUGCCACCCACGAAAGUCUGGAGCACAAGUUGACAUCCAGACAACGAAGAAAUAUCGCGUACAAUCAAUGUUUAUUAGCAUUUUAUACUGAUCAAAGUGAACAAUGUCACCAACUAUGCAAUAAUCUCGCAAAAGAUCAUGUUGCGCGUGACCUCGCAGCGGACGCGAUGUUCGUGAGAGCUGUACAACUCAGCAAGGAAGGUAAAGCGUUAGACGCAGCAAAAUUAUUGAAUCAGCAUGCGAUCGACGAAAAGGAGUUGCCAAUGAAAUUGGCUAGUGUGCAAGUACUUUUGAGUCAAGACGAGAGAAAAGAGGCGAUCGCUAUUCUAGAAAAUCUGAACGAAAAAGAUAGGUCUCUACCAGGAAUAGUCAGUGCGCUCGUAACGCUCCACACGGCCGAUAACAAUCGUGAGAAAGCAUCGGAGGCUCUGAAGAACGCGGUCGCUUAUUAUAAGAAAAACAAAGAUACCAACAAAAAUCUGAGUGAAUUAUGGCGACAAGCUGCUAAUUUUUAUUUGCGAAGCGGAGAACUCAAGAUCGCUGCCGACAUUCUACAAGAAUUGGUCGACGCUUCGCCGUCGGACACCAAGACCUUAGCUCAGCUAGUAGUCGCCUAUGUCCAAUUUUGUCCUACUAAAGCACAAGCGUUGUCUAAACGAUUACCGCCGCUUCACGAUCUUGCCGAAACUACAGACGUCGAUGCGUUAGAAAGUAGCAAUUGGGUUAUCGGGACUAAAGUGGUCAAGAAAAAGAUAGAACCUUCUCCCGGAAAACCAGUGUUAGAUGCGGUACAGAAGAAGCAAAAGAAGAAACGUAAGCGCAAAGGCAAGCUGCCGAAGAACUGCGAUCCGAAUGUCCCUCCGGAUCCGGAGCGAUGGUUACCGAGGCACGAGCGUAGCGGAUACCGUAAAAAACGGGAUAGAAGGAACAGAGAUACCGCCAUGAAAGGAACGCAGGGAGCCGCUGCAGGAGCUAGUGAUCUUUAUGACAUCACUAAAAUGCCCGCGAAUACCAAGCCUUCCCCGAAUCCUCGUCACAGUCCAGCGGUGGAAACUUCCGGACCACGUCAGCAACAACGCAAAGUCCAACAGAAGAAAAAGAAGAAAGGCAGCAAGUGGUAACGAUUUUUAUCGGAUCGCUAUAUUAAACUCCACGUUUUCUUGAUAUAUCAAUUAGGUGAUAUAAUCUACCAGAAAAAGAAGGAACGUUUCUUACUGUAAGAAAUUCAAACAAGAGCAAUCAAAUGCAUUUGCUACCAUGUAGCUGUAUUUUACAUAUGUGGAGCGCAACAUUUGAAUAUAAUAUGUAAUACUGCCAUUAUAUAAAAACAAGAUAAAAUAGGAAAAAAUAAAAUAUACACAUGAUGUAUUAUUAAAAAUACAUACCUUUUAAAUUU